AUGCGCGUAUCGUUGGCUAAAUUGUUCGCCCUAGGCGUCCUCGCUGGGUCUAGUCAGGCGAGUCCUGUGCAACCACAGCAUACACCUCAAGUGCAUCCCUUUACCGUUAAUCUCUCUUCGAGGGUACCUCGGAUGCUGGAGCAGAUUCGUAGUACUCAGUUACUCUCACAGCCGGUCUACAUUGACACAGGGAAUGCCAACGGAAUCACUUUACAUGAUUUAAAAUCAUUUCAGAAGCAAUGGCUGACAGCGUUUAACUGGGAAAGCGAGCAAAAGGAGAUCAACAAAUUCAAGCACUACACAACCCUCAUCGAAGGCUUGACCAUCCACUUCGUCCACGAAAAGUCCAACGCCACGGAUGCAAUACCACUAGUUCUUCUCCAUGGCUGGCCUGGUUCUUUCCUCGAGUUCAUUCCCAUCAUCGAAGAACUGACCAAGCAAGCGACAACGGCCAGCGGCAAAAAAGUGUCAUUCGACGUAAUUGUGCCCUCUUUGCCAGGAUUUGCCUUUUCGUCCGCUCCUCCUGUCAAUUGGACGUUUCCUGACUCUGCGCGUCUAAUUAACACACUGGUAACGCAGGUCCUGCAUUACGAUACCUACGCUCUAUUUGGAACUGACAUUGGUGGUGGUAUCGGUUGGGAACUCUACGAUCAGUACAAUACAACCGUUCGCGCGGCCCAUCUGGCGUUUCUGCCGUUUCUGCCUCUUAACUCUGCACAACUUGAUGCUCAAAAUAUCACCCUUAACUCACUGGAAGCAUUUGAGGAGUCUGUAACAACGGAAUGGAGCACCACCGGAGAAGGCUACUUUCUUGAGCACACAACAAAAUCUAACACAACAAAGCCCAACACAAUUGGAUUAGCCCUUCAGGAUAACGCAGUUGGUCAACUUGCUUGGAUCGGUGAGAAAUUUCUCAACUGGUCUGACCCCUCUGCCGGGAGUGCACCCUCUAUCCUUACACACCAUGAGAUCCUUCGCCAUGUCUCUCUCUACUACCUGACGGAGAGCUUCGCCUCGUCGGUGGUCAUCUACGCACAAAAUCCACAAGGCUUUAGUUCGGCGUACAGAAAGGCUCGUACCGAUGCACCACUUUUGUUCAGUGCGUUCAAAUACAAUGUGGGCUUCUGGCCACCAGCGUUGGUGGCGCAGACAGGGAAUUUAGUGCUGUAUAAUAAUCACAAUUUUGGGGGUCAUUUCCCAGGUUUAGAUAAUCCACCAGCAUUAUUAGGAGAUUUGAGAGAGAUUGGAAAUUAUUGGAAGUGA